AUGGGAGCCACAAUGAAGAAUCUUGAAGUGCAAAUUGGCCAAUUGGCUACCUUAAUAAAGUCUCAACAAAAAGGAAAAUUUCCAAGUGAUACAGAGGUCAAUCCAAAGGAGCACUGUAAAGUUGUUGUAUUAAGGAGUGGCAAGCAAGUUGGAAAAAGUGAACUCACUGAAGAUAGCAACCCCACACCUGAUAAGGAGAAAGAACAAGUAGUAGAUGAGCAAGAGAAGCAGGCCAAGGGAACAAAUAAGGCCCAUAGACCUUACUCCAUAUCCUUCCCUGACAACCCACCAAUUCUCACACCACCACUUCCAUUUCCACAGCAUGCUUUGGAACAAAUGCCAAAUUACACAAUGUUUAUGAAGGAAGUGAUGUCAAAGAAGCAAAAAUUGGAGGAAUAUGAAACAAAGAGAAAAGAUCUGGGCAGCUUCACUAUUCCAUGCACCAUUGGAAGCUCUUCCUUUGAAAAGGCCCUCUGUGAUCUAAGAGCAAGCAUCAACCUAAUGCCGUUAUCAGUAUUCAAGAAAUUAGGCCUCGGGGAGGUCGAGCCAAUAACAGUGACUCUACAACUAGCUGAUAAGUCCCUCACCUACCCACGAGGGAUUAUUGAAGACGUGUUGGUAAAGGUCGACAAAUUCAUCUUCCCAGCUGAUUUUAUGGUAUUAGAUAUGGAAGAAGAUCAGGAAAUUCCACUGAUUUUAGGCAGGCCAUUCUUAGCAACUGGAAGGGCAUUAAUUGAUGUACAAGGGGACAAUUGA